GUGAAAUGGAUGGCAAGCAAGCACCAUCCGCAUCUCGUGCGUCUGUUGGGCUAUUGCAUCGACUUUGACCCGUCCACACGAAACUUGGAACAAAUUCUUGUGUAUGAGUUUAUGCCCAACAGUGACCUUGACAGCUGGAUCGGCCCUGGUGUCUCCAGCCCUCUUUCGCUGCAACAAAGGCUGGACGUUCUGAUUGGAGUGGCCAAGGGGUUGCAGUAUCUUCAUGACUUCAAGAUUGUGCAUCGCGACAUCAAGCCGGCCAACAUUCUCCUUGAUGGGAAAAUGCAGGCAAAGGUUGCAGACUUUGGGCUCGUGAAGCUGCUUGGAGGGACAUCUGUGGCCAUAUCUGAGGCUGCCACUCGGCUGGUGGGAACACUGGGCUAUAUGGACCCUGAGUACUGCAGCUCACACAAGCCUUCUCCUGCUGUUGAUGUGUACAGUUUUGGUGGCGUGGUGAUGCCAAUGGUCGUCAUGGGGCGCGAGGCUGUGCAUGUGAUAAAAUAUAUUUUCUUUGAUGAUGCCCUUAUGCUUGGCUUGCAGUUUUGGCGUGGUGAUGCUGGUGGUUGUAACGGGGCGCAAGGCUGUGCUUGUUAUAGAGGACGAUCACGUCAAUAUCAAGAGAUGGGUGAGACACAGGUCACAAUGGGUGAGACACAGGUCACAGUGGGUGAGACACAGGUCACAGUGGGUGAGACACAGGUCACAGUGGGUGAGACACAGGUCACAGUGGGUGAGACACAGGUCACAGUGGGUGAGACACAGGUCACAGUGGGUGAGACACAGGUCACAAUGGGUGAGACACAGGUCACAGUGGGUGAGACACAGGUCACAAUGGGUGAGACACAGGUCACAGUGGGUGAGACACAGGUCACAGUGGGUGAGACGCAGGUCACAAUGGGAGCAGUGGCAGAAUUCAAGGACCCUCACUUGGAAGCACCGGAUGAUGUGGUGCUGCGCUUGGCUCGCCUUGCCCUCUCCUGCACUGCUCUGCCUGGGGUUUCCCGUCCCUCCAUGCUCCUAGUGCUGGCUGAGCUGGUGAGGAUAAAGCAGGAGAUGUUCGGGGCGCAGGUGAGCGCGGAGGUUUCUGGCAUCGACACGGAAAUUGGAGGCUCUGAUGACUACUCUGACUUCAGUGCUGAAAUGGCCCGCGCGAUUCAAGCGGCUGUUAGUGGUGGCUCCUCAACCAGCAUGCCAUAG